UUCACAAUAUGAGGGUCUAGAAUAGAAAAUUCAUAUGUCAUCAACCAUACUUAUAAUGUGUCUGAUAUUAAAAUUUUUUAACUCUUUGAUAUAGGCCAUGUAGACACCCCAUUUUGUCCGGGUCAAUUACUCAACAAAAAAUUCUAAUUAAUCUUUAAAUGUCGUAAGAUAAUUAGAUUGGCCACUAGAUUGGCCAUUGCGAGUCUAAAAUAUCGACGAUUGUAUAAAUUAUUCAAAUUCGAUUCGAGUGGAUUAAUAGGACCGAUUGGCUUCCAAUUUACGCUUUUGGCCCAACACAGAAAAUACAGAAGAAGAAUAAAGUUUUAUUUAAAUUAUCAAUAAAUUAUACAAUUACAAUCAGAAUACAAAUUACAAAUAAGAAUUACUACAUGAAAAUUACAAUCAAUACAUGUUUCUUCCAUCUCUUUUUGAAGCCAGCAAUGGACCUGCCAAACAACAAGAAAGGAGACAGUCUAUUCAGACCCAGAACCAAGACAAGUCCAGAAGAUCAUAGCCCACAGUCAGGCCCAAGAGAGCCCAAGAUCUCAUGGGUCAGAUCCUGACCAGCCCAGAAAAGGCCCAACCCGACGAAAUGGUUGAAACAGAAUUGGUCCGACCAAACCCAGAAACCACCGCCUCUUUUUUCUAUAAAAGCAGGCUCAAUUUUCAAGAGAAGGACAGCUUUUCAGGAGGGAAAAGACUUCACUUCUUCCUUUGUCAGUUUUAGUUUCUUCUUCUUCUUAGUCAUUUGAGAGUUUCUUUCUUUUCUUAGUCUGUUCACCUGGAAAAAUAUGGGAAAAACACAAACACAAACACUUUUUCUUUCCUUCUUUAUUCUGUCAAAUAGAAGUAGAAGGCAAACAGAAGCCUCUGUACUGUAAUCAGUAGAACCAGGUUCAUAUUCCAGUUCUAAUGAUACAUCAUCCCUUUACUACUCUUUUAUUCUCUUCUCCUACUCGUCCUUUUUUGUCAAACUAACUCUAUAUUAUUGUUAUUACCACUGUUACUAUCAUCAUCAUCAUCUAAAUGUCACGAUUUCUACAUAAGAGUGAUUGAAAACUAAUCAAAACCCAGAUUUACUCUACUAACUUGUCCAUCUCAUUCAGCUUUAUUUUACUUUCAGUUCCAGUAUUUACUUAUUUCAAGCACAGUUACUUCAUUAAUUACAUUCCCUUCAAUAGCCGACUUUAUACUUGUGAGUUAGACUUCUUAUUACAUAGUAUUAUUGCUUGCCAAUUAUGCUAUUUACUUUUUGUCAGUUUAAAAUUCCUUUAUUUAUGUCUUAUUUCAAUCCCUUUGUUUUAUAGAACUAGAAUAGAGCUGAUAAUCACCAAAAACAGCAUCGUCAUUUUUCCUAAAUACCCCAAAAAAGCACAUCCAUUUCAACAAAGUCAUAUUAACACAAAAUCCCCAGGUUCAAAAUCGUCACAAACAUCUUUCCAAGAUAUCAGAUCUGCGAACCAUACUCCAAUCCACAAACAACAUAAUUAUUUUUUCCAGUUUAACCUCCCCAGCCGUAGUAAACCGAAUUUAGGAGAAACUCACCUAGAUCAAAGCCAUCUCCGAAACCUACAAAUCAAACUAUCAAAAUCAGAAAUAGAAACAACCCGAAAUCCCUUUAAAACCCACAUAAAACCACAAAAAUACUCGCAGCAAAAAAGGUCGACAGUCGACUUUUCCCCUCUAGCACAAAUAUCGGAGAAUCUCGCUGGCCGGAGACUUCUUUCUCCCCUCGAUCAAACCCAAAAAUAAAAAUGGGGAGAAGGUUAGAAACAUGCUCGCACACCAAAAACCCAGAAAAUCGAACAUGCAAAACCAUAAUCCGCCACUUACCAUCGAUCUAGUCACCGCCGCUGACUCCCUCUUCUUCCCUCGUCCGCCAUUAAGCCCAGAAAAAAAGUAAAAAAGGGUGAGAACCCUCACUCCCCCCAAUAAUCGAAAUAAAAAACCAAGGAAAACAUGCAUGUCGAUAUUUACCUAGAUCGAUUCUCCUUUCAUGGUCGAUUUGGGGGUUUCCGGUCGGAACUGGGUAAUCGACGGCGGGUUGGGAAGAAGAGGACCCUCGUUUCUCGUGCUUGUUGUUCUUGUUUCAAAGGAAAUGAAAAAAAACGAGAGAGGAAGAUGAAGGAGAUCCCUAUCUGGAGAGGGUCGCACGAAGAAGGAAAGAAGAGAUUGAAAGUCGAAUUUUUUGUGGCUCGUCGUGUUUUCUUCCAGAGAAGAAAAUAGAUCGAGAAAAGGAGAGAGAGGAGUUUUGUUUCUUAUUUUGGUUAUUCUGUUUCAGAGGAAAGGGGUAAAAUGAAAGAAAGAAAGAUCGAGAAGGUGAGCGGCUAGGGUUUUCACGUUCCAUCUGAUCCUUUAAUCUCGUUUUUUUUCAAAUUACCCUUUUUGCCCUCUCUAUUUCGUUUAAAUUAAACCCUCCUGUCAUCUUCGUCUUCAAAAAUCGAAACAAACAAAAAAAUCAACAGCGUGCGUCAAACCCUAGCCUUUGCUCUGACGUUCCUGAACCAGGAUGUUUAGCCAUUAGGCUAACUAUAUCAUAUUCGUUUUCUUAAAAGACGUUGCUUAUAUUUAUUAUGCUCGACUCAUGAUCAAUAGAUUUCAAUAGUCGUUUUAUGAGGAAACUAUUUAAAAGGCAUCACUCAAUUACCAAAAUAUAUUUCCUAAAAUAAUUCAAAUUAACAUUUAAAUUAAGAUCAAUAAAAUUUGUUGAGAUUACUUCAUUAAUCUUUUCAAAAUAUUGAACUAACUAAAAACUCUUUCUUUCCUUUAUGAUGCACGUCAAUAGACGUAAACAUCUCAACGAAAAUUCAUUUUUUUUACCUCCAUAGUCCAAUAAGACUUUAAAUUGCAUAAUUAAAACACCCAACCCUUGGAAACUUAUCGAUUCAGGUAGUACCGAUUUAGGGCGUUGUGGGGCGUGAAUACACUUCCCCACACGUAAUCGUACUCCCGAAUCCAAAUCGCUAUAAUUUCGCAGGCCAACUCCCGGUUUUGACCCUAUGGUCGAGACCGAUCCAAUUAGUGUUCGGCCCACUACUUUUAAGGUCGAUGGCGACUCCGAGCAAAUUCGCGAGCGAUCCCAAUUUCGAGGGGCGGUUGUGACAGGCCAAACAGGAAAUGGAAACCAGCAAUGCUUCAAAACAACAUACUCUGACCAUAAUUGCAAAUAUAUGAUGCUCAAAUGAAACAAGUUAUGGAUCAAAUAGAAAAACUCAAGGAAAAAGUAUUGGAGAAGAAAAACAUUGAUGGUCACACAAAAGUGGUAUUUUUAUAGUGGUAUUUGUAUAUCAUAACAUGUAGAAUGGUUGUAUGCUUGAGAAUAAGAAUAUAUAUAUACUAACCACCAUCUACUACUUUUUAUCGCUAUCUAUCAUCAGUUACCACCAUAUACCAAGGUGGUAUAUAUGAUCUUGAAAAUGUUUUUACAUAAAUGUUUAGAUUACGAUGUAUUCUUUCAUUCUUUGCAAAAUUUUCCAAAAUUCUAGUUAAAAACGAUGGUUGUAUAAAGUGGUACCAUUUGGUACCAAGGUUAACCUCAAAAUAUAUCGAAAAUUGAUUUCUUUUUGUAUAUCACAAUAAUCUCAUUCCAUUUUAGAAAAUAUAUUUAAAUAUCGUACUAAAACAAAGAAGAUACAAAUCGAUUAAGAAAUAAAUAAAAAAAGUUACAAUCUCUAAAUGUAACUUCACUCUAAAUAAGAGCAGCGGCGGAAGCAGCGCUUUUUGGCCUUGUCCCGGGACAGGUGUAAAUUUCGGUGGAACAAAAAAACGUCAUAUAUAUUUAUAUUGGUGAUGGAACACAACACGUAUAGGUAGUAUUAGAGUACUUUGUCACUACAACACAACUCAUUAAUUACUUGUCCAAAAUUGACAUAAAAUUAAUUUAUUAUACAAUAAACGAAAUUCCAGUUGCAAUAAAGAACUAAUCGGGUCUCUUUUCUCCUUAUGCCUAUUCGAUCUUUCCCCAACAACCCUGAAAUUGUCUAGCGACAACGGCAAUCCCACUAGUUUUGAUCUACCAAUUACAACUGCAAGUGUAAAAAGAACAUUUUCAGCUUUGAGUUAUAUUAAGAACAAGUUUCCAAGUCGAUUUGGCGACCAGUUUGCUGAUACUUGUUUAGUAAGAUACAUUGAAAGAGACUUAUAUGAUAGUGUAGACAACAAAUGUUUUUUGCGCUUCUUUCACUAUAUGAAAUUCCUUCGUAGUUGUUUCUGAAAAGUAUGGUAGUAUAAUUGGUUAUUUUUAAUUCAUGAAUGAAUUAUUUGGAUAUGAUUAUUUUUUAUUAAAUAAUUCUUUUAUUAGAUACUUACAUAUUUAAGUUAUGAAAAGAUGACAGGGGUAGUUUGAAAUGCUUCCUCCACCACUGAAUAAGAGAUAAGAUGUAGUUAUGUUAUAUACACAAGUGUAGAAUAAUAAAAGUCAUCCGGUCUACAUAGAUUUGCCAACCCCGCCGCGAGCAUUUCACUUCCAACAGACACAUGGUAGAUGGUACCCAGAUUACAAACUCGAUCAUCUCGCGGGAACGGCGUCGUGUUACAAGUACGUACAACGCGGAAGCCUGCAAAACCUGUCUCCAGAAUGCUCACUUCGAGCUGAAACAACAUUGCACGGCGGCUCAUACGACUGGCACCUUCUAUGGAAGCAACUGCAACAUGGAGUACUGGCCAAUUCAUGAUAUAUAGUAACUGAUUUAUGUUUUGCGGAUGACCAGGAUGACUAGUUACGAGUUGAGUUUCGAGGUCACUCGACCAAUGAUUAUUACAUUUGUUAUAAGUAAUUAAUAUUUGAGUAUUACUAUUUUAUGAUUAUUUUUAUUAAAAUAUAUUUAUUAAUAUUUAUUAUCAUAUAAUAAAUCCUAUUUUAUUAUAUAAUAAUUAUUUUUUAUUGAUAAAUCUAUUUUAUAAUAAUAUAAUUACUUACUUUUUACUCUAUUUGCACCUCUCUAUUUUUUCAUCCAAACAAAAAUUUACCUCUCCAUUUGCGCCCAUCAAAUUACACCUCCAGCAAUUUACCCCUCAAAUUGCACCUUCCUCGAACUUGCACCACUAUUGCCAAACAUAGUGAUUAAGAAAACGUUGGGGUUCAAUUCACACACCUACUUUGCUUUUUUUUUCCUACUACUGCUAUGUGGCCCUGCAAGAGACUGAUUGUAACAUCCCGAACCUUUUCCCGACAAGAUACUGUCCGCUUUGGGCCUCUACACCCACACGGAUUUCGACUUGGGGUGCAAUUCAAGGUGACUUCCCAUAAGGUCACCCAUCUUUGUUGUGCUCCACACUGAGCACGUUUAACUUCGGAGUUCUCACAAGAACUCCUUCAUUACACCCCAAAACGCGUCUUGUCAGUUAAGGCCGGUUUCCUACUUAUGAACCAUGGAUCUCUCUCGUGCUUUGUCGAUGUGGGAUUUGCCUAAGGUGUUACAUACACCCCCCUUGGGACUCAACACCCUCGUUGAGGUUUGCCCCACCAUCGUUCAAGAGGGACGCGGAGAGGCUCUGAUACCACUUGUAACAUCCCGAACCUUUUCCCGACAAGAUACUGUCCGCUUUGGGCCUCUACACCCGCACGGAUUUCGACUUGGGGUGCAAUUCAAGGUGACUUCCCAUAAGGUCACCCAUCCUUGUUGUGCUCCACACUGAGCACAUUUAACUUCGGAGUUCUCACAAGAACUCCUUCAUUACACCCCAAAACGCGUCUUGUCAGUUAAGGCCGGUUUCCUACUUAUGAACCAUGGAUCUCUCCCGUGCUUUGUCGAUGUGGGAUUUGCCUAAGGUGUUACACUGAUCAUCUUUUAUUUUUGAGCUUUUUGCCUUUUUUUGAUCGCUGGAGUUAUUUCCUUGGGCGGGGGGAAGCUCUCCAUUCCUGGUUUUCCUGUAGCUGGAUCCUCCGGAACCACAAGAAUCCUUAGUUAGAAUGGGAUUCCAACUCAGCACCUUUUGAGAAGAGUUGCUCUUUGGAGAGCACAGUACGAUGAAAGUUGUAAGCUGUGUUCGGGGGGGAGUUAUUGUCUAUCGUUGGCCUCUAUGGUAGAAUCAGUCUUUUACAUGUCACAUAUGUUUAUAUACUUCAAAUUUUAUUAUAUUACACAAUUUCUUACUCAUCAUGUUUUAUAAAUUAGCAUUCAUAUUUUAACUAUGUCAUGAUAUAUUAUAAUUAUAAACUUUAAGCUAAUAUUCUAAAUAACUAACUAAUACAAUUCUAAUGUAUCUUUCUUGUCUUCUCAAUUGUCAGGAAAUGUGAUAUGGGUUUCGGUACAUAACCCCGACCUGUAAAAUCCUGCAAAAUCCGGUUGUAUCAUCGUACCAUCGUCAUACGAUUAUAUAUACGUGUAUCAUCGUAUCAAAAUGAUAAGAUGAUACGACCUGAUUUUGCAUAAUUUUCCAUGUCGAGGUUUUGUACCAUAUCCGCUCCUUUUUUUAAUAUAUCAAAGAAAACGCAUGAGUUAGGCAAAAUAAGGAAAUAAGCCAUGUAACAUAUAUAGGUUAAUUUGUUGUUUAAAUUAAGUUAUUUGUUUUGAGAGAGAGAUAUAACGAACAUGUUUUUUAAAAAAAAUUAGCAGUGUUUUCAUAAUUUGAAAGUCGCAAAGAGAAAUUGCGUACUCUACUUUUGCUUAUAAAGGAAAAUUACGGUG